AUGGCACUGUCCUUCUUCACGUCGGCUCAGUUGGCUAUUGGAGCUCUGCCUGUCAGCUCCAGGUUCAGGGAAGCUGAGGGGUCGAUCCCCGGCUUGUCGUCCUUCGGCAGUCUCUUGGAAAGAGCUGUUGAAGACUCCCCACUCUCAACGCAAAGCGUUGACUGCAUUCUUGGCCGAGAAGUCAGGCUAAAGGACCAAGUCCAAUGGCAGCUCAUCGUCCCCGCUUUGGGGGUGGCGAGCGUGUUUUUCUUUGCCGUUGCGGGGGAUUGUUGCGCACAAGACGCGCGCCCUCUGCGCCACCGAAUCCUGAGAUUCGCGCUCGUAUGGUCGAACCAAUUCGCCCCUGUCUUAGCAGCUGCAAGUGCGUCCUGUCUUCCCUGUGUGUCCAUUGCAGAGGGCAAAGCGUACGCUGCCUUCGAUCCCGACAUUCAAUGCCCCAAUGCCUUGCCCACGCUGUCGAUGUUGAAAUGGGCCGGCAUGCUGGGUGGCGUUAGCCUUCUCGUGCCGCUGUGGUGGAUAUGGCUUGCUCGGGACUUAGCCUGGAGCAGGAACUUGAAGGUGAAG